AUGGCCCGUCGUCCCGCUCGUUGCUACCGCUACUGCAAGAACAAGCCCUACCCCAAGUCCCGGUUCAACCGUGGUGUCCCCGACCCCAAGAUCCGCAUCUACGAUCUUGGCCGCAAGCGCGCUACCGUCGACGACUUCCCUCUCUGCAUCCACCUCGUCUCCAACGAGUAUGAGCAGCUGAGUUCCGAGGCCCUCGAGGCCGCCCGUAUCUGCGCCAACAAGUACCUCGUCAAGGUUGCCGGCAAGGAAGGUUUCCACCUGCGCGUCCGCGCUCACCCCUUCCACGUCGUCCGUAUCAACAAGAUGUUGUCUUGUGCCGGUGCCGAUAGACUGCAGACUGGUAUGCGUGGUGCCUGGGGCAAGCCCAACGGCACUGUCGCUCGUGUCAACAUCGGUCAGAUCAUCAUGUCUGUCCGUACUCGUGACUCCAACCGCGCCACUGCUCUCGAGGCCCUCCGCCGAUCCCAGUACAAGUUCCCCGGUCGCCAAAAGAUCAUCAUCUCCAAGAACUGGGGCUUCACCCCUCUCCGCCGCGAGGAGUACCUGGAGAAGAAGGCUGCUGGCCGCGUCAAGGUGGACGGUGCCUACGUGCAGUUCCUGACCAACCACGGUUCCCUGGAGCGAAACAUGAAGCGCUUCCCCGAGGCCUUCUCCGAGGCUUAA